AUGACUUUAAUCCACCUCGAAAUCACUGAAUAUGGUGGCCGAGGCUUUUUUGCCAACUCCGAUAUACCCGAGAAUACAACUAUUUUAAAUUGCUCGACACCAUUAACCUUUAACAUUUUUCGAAAAUACAAAAAAGAUGCCUGUGCAUAUUGUUUUUCCUGUGACUUUCACAAGAGCUGCAAAUUUAAACUCGAUCCCAAACAUCAAGUUAAACUUAUUGAAAGAUUAAACACUGAACUUGGCAAAAGCACAUUGCAACCAAUAAAAUUCUCUAUACCAUCCUCAUUGGUCUCACAAACUCAAGCAUUUGGUGGUCUAUUUUUUUGUUCAGAAAUAUGUAAAGACGAAUGGAUUGUCAAAGAGGAUCCCACAGGGCUCAUUUCAUUUAUUUUAAAUUCUAUUGAUCAAGCAGUUCCAACGUCAAAAAAAACACCUGUCCCAGAAAAUGUUUCUUCUGUUUUGACGUCUGAAAUCAACUCCGAAUUUAUUCAAAAGCAGUGGAAUGAUGCCCUUGGUGUUGCUGAACAUAUCACGAUUUCUCUUGCAUCUCAACAAUUGAAUUUAUCAACAACAAGCAUACCCUCUUCAACAUCAUCAAGUCCGGCAUAUUCUUUGACUCCAGUCACACCCACCACUCCUAAUUCACCAAUAAGCUUAACAAGUGUUAUUUCAGAUGUUAUUUCAGAUACUGAUUCAGAGCCCAAAACAAAAAAGAGCUAUUCAAAAAAGAGCCGUUCAAAAAAUAAAAAUAGAAAAGUUCCUGCAAUUACAUCAGAAGAACAAGACAUAGUCAGAUUUGUUGCUGUACUUGUUGUUAAAAUGUUUCUUAAAUCAUUUGGUGCUGCAGUUUUAAAUAAAGACGAAGCCCCACUGAUGAGUGCCUUUUGCAAUGAAACUUCUGAUGAUGGGUUCCAGUAUUUUGGUGAUCUUCAGUCAAAUGAAGAGUUACAUCUUAAAACUCUUCCCGACAUGCUUGAAAUCCAAAUUAAGGUUUUUAUGUUUUUGAAUGCCGUUCUUCCCUUACAACUUUUGCCAUUUUUAACUCAAAAAAUUUUCCGAGAUAUUUUGGGCCGAGAAGCAGCGAAUGCAUUUGGGAUAUGGCAGCUUCCGAUAACACCUGACAGUGAACUUCUAGGGUCCUCUCUUUACCCUUACUGCUCUUUUUUUAACCACGCGUGCAGUCACAAUGUUAGAAAGGUUCGGAGCGGUCGAAGGAUUAUUUUUCAAACAAAUCGACUGGUCAAAGCAGGCGAGCAACUUUAUAUUAAUUACGGCAUGUACAACGACAUGCCUUAUAAAGAACGCCAUGAACAGCUUAAAAAUCAAUGGUAUUUCGAUUGUCAAUGCGAUCGAUGUUUGAGUGAACGUGCUCAGAUUUAA